AUGGAUGCUACGACUCUUUUGGAGGAGCUUCGCAGGAGCCAAGAUCGGUUGAGGAAGGAGGUGCUGAGCGGGCAGGCGAUGAUUCUCACAGAGAUCAGGAGCCUGCACCAAUUCUGGAAAGAUCAGUUGGGCGCUGGACAAAGCUCUCCAGCUGAAGCAGCUGAUGGCAUUUCGACGGCCCGCAGCAGUGAGAAAUUCAACAGUGUGAACGAGGGUUUGUCCAAGGGACUUGAAGACUUCACCAGCACCAUGGUCAAAAAUAUUGAGGAUUUGACAUCAGUUUUUGCCGCCGAUAUUGAACGGCGUGCGCUUGCAGCCAGGCCGAAACGGGAAGGGCAGCAGGUCCGCUUUGACGACACUCCUGCUCUUCCGAGCUACUCCAGUGCAGCUGGUGGGGCCGCGAUGGAAGAAUCUCCGAUACCAUCAGACACCACGCAUCGAACAUUGGCAUCGCAUCCACGGGCUCCAGAUCCAGCAAGGCCACUGACGCAAGCGACGCAAGCGACGCAAGCGACGCAAGCGACACUGCAGGCUGAUGGCGAACCAAGGCGCGAGACCUCAGGGCCUCAGGGGCGGUUCGCUUGGCGUGCCGCUUUCACACCUAAUCACGAAAGCUAG